CACAAGCAUCGAUCAGCCGGCGGCGAGCUGAGAUACACACACUGCUAGCUAUCUGUGUGUACAGCAAAUAGCAGGUAGCUAGCUACUAGGUGCCUGUAUUAAUAUAAUCAUAUAUGGGGUACGAGGUGACCAUGAAGGCACUUGUCCUCAGCCUUGUGGUGGGCGCCGUCGCCGGCAUCCGGCCGAGCAAGCUCAUGCGGCAGGUGCCGGCGAUCUACGUGUUCGGGGACUCGACGCUGGAUGUCGGCAACAACAACUACCUGCCGGGGGAAGGCGUCCCCAGGGCCGACAAGCCCUAUUACGGCGUCGACCUGCCGGGCUCCGGCAAGCCCACCGGAAGGUUCAGCAACGGCUACAACACCGCCGACUUCGUCGCAAAGAGACUGGGAUUCGACAAGAGCCCUCUGGCUUACUUUGUGCUCAAAGCACACAAUAAGCUGAUUCCGAGCUCAAUCACAAGAGGAGUAAGCUAUGCAUCGGCAGGAGCUGGGAUUCUGGACUCCACUAACGCGGGAAAGAACAUCCCGCUGUCGCAGCAGGUGCGGUUGUUCGAGUCGACCAAGGCCGAGAUGGAGGCCAAGGUGGGCCCGCGCGCGGUGAGCGAGCUCCUCCGUAGGUCCUUCUUCCUCGUCGGCGCCGGGAGCAACGACUUCUUCGCCUUCGCGACGGCGCAGGCGGAGCACAACAAGACGGCCACGCAGAGCGACGUCGCCGCCUUCUACGGCAGCCUGCUCUCCAACUACUCCGCCGCCAUCACGGAGCUGUACAAGCUGGGCGCGAGGAAGUUUGGCAUCAUCAACGUGGGGCCGGUGGGCUGCGUGCCCCGGGUGCGCGUGCUCAACGUCACCGGCGCGUGCGCCGACGGCAUGAACCAGCUCGCCGCCGGCUUCGAUGCCGCGCUCAAGUCCCUCCUGGCCGGGCUCGCCCGGAAGCUGCCGGGCUUCGCCUACUCCCUCGCCGACUCCUUGGGCCUCACCCAGGACACCUUCGCCAACCCGCUGGCACUAGGGUUCGUGAGCUCGGACAGCGCCUGCUGCGGGAGCGGGCGUCUGGGGGCGCAGGGCGAGUGCACGCCCACCACCACGCUCUGCCCGGACCGCGACCGCUACAUCUUCUGGGACUCGGUGCACCCGUCGCAGCGCUCCGCCAUGCUGGGCGCCAAGGCCUACUACGACGGCCCGCCGCGCUACACCACGCCGAUCACCUUCAAGCAGUUGGCCGCCGCCACACCAUGAGUAGUUCCAUUGAUUGAUUAUUAUAUUCCAUCGAUCAGAGACGACGACCUACCUGUUUUCAAAAUCCAAAUAAAACGACUCCUGUAAUCAGUGAUCAUCAUGUACUCAGUUCGUUCAGGCAGUGGGUGAUUCUUUUUUCGUCCGCGCUUCAUCUAUUGUUUUAUUCGUGGUAUGAUACAAUUAAUGAAUCGAGUUGUUCAUGGUGGGUGUUGAAACUAGCAA